AUGGGGAAAAAAAUUUUUAAAAAACUUUAUAAACGUAUUAAAAAUGAAUUAGAUAAAAAUUAUGCUGGUAUGAUAGUAUAUGCUAUUAAUGGAAAAUUUGAGUGGAAGAAUAAAAAAGGUAAAACAAAAGGAUACAAAGGAAAAAGUUUUUAUAUCGUUGUGCAAUGUACUGAUGAUUGGCCAUCAAAAGCCUUUAGAGAUGCUGGGAGAGGACGUGUUCAUAAUCAUCUUCUUGAAUAUACAUUAGGAUAUGAUCAUGAAGAUGGUAUUGUUUGUUGUGGUGGAUUUGCAUACCAUGAUGGAAAAUUGAAAUUUAGUAGUAUUUGGUUAAAUCAAACAAGUCAGAAAGGUUGUGAAAGUGACGAUUCAAAUGAAUUAAGCGGGCAUGAAAAAAUGUUAGUAAAAUAUUGUUUUAAACAAUAUAAGAAAUUUGGCACUGAUCAUAGAUUUAAUUUACCAUAUUAUAUUGAUACUCCUUUGUCAAAUUAG